AGAAAGGAGCCGACUGACGUAAGCGGCAGGCCACCAAGCUGCCCGCUGAUAGGCGGAUACCGGGCGUUCCGCUCUUCGCCCCGCCCCGCCAGCCCCCAGCCCGUGCUUAGUCCGCGCCGGCGAGUGGCGGAGAGAACAGCGCCCGGGCCUCGCACCGCGCACGCACUGAGGCGGGGGCGCGCCGGGAACCGACACGUUCCGCCCCGCGCCGCGCGCCCAGGGCAGCAGCAGCAGCAGCAUGAGCGGCUCCUCCGGGCGCGCCAGCCGCUGAGCCGCGCCCGCCGCCGCCGGGGCCUCUCGGAUGCUCGAGGCCCCUCCGGGCUGAGGAUGCUGAAGAUGAAGCUGCCGCUGAAACAGACGAGCCACCGGGCGGAGGAGGCGGCGGGGCUGGGGCUGAAGGAGCCCGGCAGCCGGGACUGUCACCUCCAGCUGCAGCAGGUGCCCCGGCCACCUCUCCGAGGCGGGGCGUCGGCGGGGUGCGGGCGGGAGCGGCCCAGCCAGCUGCCUGGCUUGGGCCCGGGACCUGGGCCGCCGCCGGCUGCUGCCGCGGGCGUGGCGGCCUCCCGCACGGACAAGGAGACGGUGUACGAGUGGUUCGGCCUAGUGCUGGGCUCGGCGCAGCGGCUGGAGUUCAUGGUGGGGCUGCUGGACUUGUGCAACCCGCUGGAGCUGCGCUUCCUGGGCUCCUGCCUGGAGGACCUGGCCCGCAAGGACUACCACUGCCUGCGCGACGCCGAGGCCAAGGCCAACGGGCUCAGCGACCCCGGGCAGCUGGGAGACUUCCGAGACCCGGCCGUGCGCUCCAAGCUCAUCGUCUACCUGGCGCUGCUGGGCUCCGAGAACCGAGAGGCCGCUGCCCGCCUCCACUGCCUGCUGCCCCAGGUGGACUCCGUCCUGAAGAGCUGCGGGGCUCGCGUGCGGGAGGAGGAUGGGCCCGAGGAGGACAUGGAAGGGCCUGGAGAAAACGGCCAGGCCCUCCCUGUUGAGAGUCUGGGCUUCGGGGCGCAGGAGGAGCUACUGUUGCUGUUCACCAUGGCCUCUCUGCACCCCGCCUUUUCCUUCCACCAGCGGGUCACCCUGCGGGAGCACCUGGAGCGGCUGCGGAGGGCCCUUUUUGGGGACCAGGAGGAGGAUGCCUUCGGCCCUGCAGCUCAGAAUGACUUUUCCCAUAAUGACUGCAUGCCAAGUAAUGAGAACAGUUUGGAUCACAUCACACCACCUCAUGAUGGACUUUCGAUGGCCUCUCAUAGACUUCAGCGGGAAGCUGUACACAUUGAGAAGAUAACACUGAAAGGAGUACCAAGAAAAAGGGCUGACAAACAUUUGGAGUACACCUUCAAAGUAACCUGGUCUGAUCUUUCCGUAACAUGUGUAACAAAAACACAUCAGGAGCUGCAGGAGUUCCUACUAAAACUUCCAAAGGAACUGUCUUCUGAAGCGUUUGACAAGACCAUUUUACGAGCACUAAAUCAGGGUUUCCAGAAGAAGGAAGAACGGCGGCACCCAGAUCUAGAGCCAAUAAUAAGGCAGCUAUUUUCAAAUAUGUCACAGGCUUUUCUGCAGAGUCAGAGAGUGUACAAUUUCUUCCAGUCAAUUUCAUCAGAAUCUUUGCACACUCACAGUAACUUACAACCCUCUUUGAAGACAGCUAAGGCAUCAGAACACUUCAAGGAGGACAGUUCAGAGGCUUCAAGUCAGGAGGAAGAUGUAAUGCAGCACACAUCAGUCCAUAAAAAACAUAAUGGGAAAAGUCCUGUUGCCAACACUGGCAGUACAAAAUGUUCUUCACUGGAUGGCCUUAACAUAAAACACUCUGAACAGAAUGGGGUAGUGGAUUGGAGAAGAAAAAACUGCACUGUUCAACAGCAUCCAGAGCACUGUACAAACUUACUUGAUCAGCAUGCAGGAGAGAAACGGGGCUUAUCUUCAAUAAGCAAGAAGAAAGGAAAGCCACAACUGGAAAAGGAUAAAAUAAAGAAAACUGACAGCAGAUUGAGCAAUAGGAUUAAUGGAGUUAGAGUUGCAGCAACACAGCACAUCCGUGCAGGGGCAGUAAAAGAUCUGAAUUUGGACGUUGGAUCUGGACAUGACACAUGUGGAGAAACGUCUUCAGAGAGUUACAGUUCUCCUUCUAGCCCACGACAUGGGAGGGAAAGCUUUGAAAGUGAAGAAGAGAAAGACAGAGAUACAGACAGCAAUUCAGAGGACUCUGGGAAUCAAGAUGCAGCCAGGUUUACUGUUUAUGGUGCUGUCAGUCCAUCAAACAUCAAAGCAGCAGCUCAGAUUCCUUCAGUGAGUAAUGAGAAUGGAAGUAUUUCAGAGGAUCCUUUAAAUUCAAAGUUUCAACAUAUUUCAUUUAUGCCUGCCUUACACUGUGUGAUGCACAAUGGUGCACAGAAACCUGAAGCUGUAGUUCCACCACCCAUAUCUGCUGAUGGUAAAACAAUGGGAAUGCUUGUUACCACUCCUGUCGCUAUAUCACCAAUGAGAGAAUCUGCAAGUUCAACUCCAGUUGGAAUAGGGCCAGUGACUUCUGGUGAAUCUGAAAAACGCCUUGAGCUGUUGGCUUCCCCUCUACCAGUACCAUCCACUUUUCUUCCACAUUCUGUCCAGCCUGGUAGCCCAGCUUUGCACUUGGCAAUACACAGAUUGAAAAUACCCUCUCCGCAGGGAUCAUCUGAAAAUUGCACAGUUAAUGGAUCACAGCAACCAACAGGAAACUUAAGCAUUGGCUCACCAAAUACUGCCUUUAUCCCAGUCCACAGCCCAGGUAGUUUUCCAGGAUCCCCAGUUCCUAAUACAGAUCCCAUCACAAAACCUGCAUCCCAAGUGGUAGGACUGAAUCAAAUGGUGCCUCAUAUUGAGGGGAACACCGGAGCAAUCCCUCAGCCUACCAGUCUAAAGGUAGUUCUUCCCGCAGCUGGUCUUUCAACAGCACCUCCACCAACUUCCUAUACUUUGCCAGGCACUCCUCAUGCUACCAGUGUGUUGCCCAACCAGAAUACAAAUGUGCUGAACACUGUAGCAACUUCCACACCUCCUCAAUCAGCUGGUUUAGGUGUUGGUCAGAUCCAGUCAACUAUUCCCCCUGCAAUACCUACCCAUACACCAGGCCCUGCCCCUAGCCCAAGCCCUGCUUUAACACACAGCACUGCGCAGAGUGACAGCACAUCCUAUAUAAAUGCUGUUGGAAAUACUAACACUAAUGGGACUUUAAUGCCUCCACAGCAGUUGGGGUCUGGGGCUUGUGGUUCUUGUGGACGUAGAUGCAGCUGUGGGUCCAAUGGAAGCCUUCAGAUCAAUAGCUAUUUUUAUCAUAACCCUAUUCAUGGACAAGUCUACAGAGUUCCACCUUUCUUCACUCUGCCAUCUAUUUGCAAUGGCAGCUACCUCAACCAAGCACAUCAAAGCAAUGGAACACCGUUUCCUUUUUUCCUGCCUCAGACUCCAUAUGCAAAUGGACUGAUGCAUGACCCAGUAAUGGGGAGCCAAGCCAACUAUGGUAUGCAGCAAAUGGCAGGAUUUGGGAGGUACUAUCCUGUAUAUCCAGCACCUAACGUAGUUGCCAACACAAAUGGAUCGGGGCCCAAGAAGAAUGGGAAUGUUUCAUGUUACAAUUGUGGUAUAAGUGGACACUAUGCGCAGGACUGUAAGCAGUCAUCCAUGGAGGCCAAUCAGCAAGGCUUUUGGCAGUAUUUUCAGACUUGCAUGCUAUUAAUAUCAAGUCUUCCACUCCCUUUGAUGUUUUGGUAGAAUUCAGUUGCAAAAAGGAUUGGAAAUUGUCAGGCACUUACAGACUGAGAUACGCACCUCCCCCUCCCCCUUCCAAUGAUACGUUGGAUUCUGCAGACUGAAACAAGUAAACAUUGCCUACAUAACAAACUGAAGUUUGGGGAAUUGGGGGGGAGAGGGAAUGUUUUCUGUGGUCUUGCAUUUGGGAUAUUCCUGGUUUUAUAUUCUUUUGGAAUUUUUCAUUGCUCUUGCACCUCUGUUCAAUACAAAAGAAGAAAACUGAGUCCCUGAUCUCCUGAGUCUGCAAAAAGCUUACAUAAUGCAUGCAACUCAAACACACAGCCAAACAAUCAAAAGAGCAUUUGAACCAUACUUUUGCACUGAAGACUUAAGACGUGCAAUGUUUACUGCAUUUUUUAAAAUGUCCUUUGACCUCUGACAUCACUGGUGGAGCAGCCAUAUGGUUGAAAGAAGAAACUUGGUCAUGUUCCCUCACAAUCCCCCCCUCUUCUGUCCCACCCCACUCCACCUCCAGCCUGUUCUCCUUAUGCUGCUGUUUUUGUUUUUCUCCCACCUUCACUGUGUGUCCACAUGGUUUCAUUGGACUGCAUGAGUAUUUGGCAGUUUAUACAGAGUUUGUCCAUACUAUAGCAAAUUGUUAUGCUCAUGAAUUAUAUGGGGAAAUUGUUUAGUCUUCCUGUGAGGAGCAAGACUAAAGACUCACAGAAUUGUGUAUAUAUGUAAUAUCUUGUAUUAUACAUACACACAGCUCUGGGUCCAGAGUAAAUGAAAAUACUUCAAGUGGGAAGGGAAUGAAACUUUGUGGACUUGAACAGAUUUAUGAACAUGAACAAGCUUAAACUGAAAGAUCUUAUUUCCAUUGUGAUGUUUUAGCCUGAUUGAUCCAAGAGAAAAAGGCGGGGGGGGGGGAAUUGGUAUGAAUGUUGUAUUCCAUGUGUUUGCAUUUCUAAUGAAAGCUGACAGUGAGUCCUUUUUUUAAAAGCUAUUCUACUUCUGUGUCAACACAGAAUGAACAUUACUUGAUUUUGAUUUUUCCCUAAACUAUUAGUGUUGCAUUGUAUUUAGAAUGUAAAUGGUUUAUUUCAGUCUGAACAAAAGUUAUGGUUUUCUACAAAAUAAGUAUUCGUAUUAGGACCAGUCUACCAAAUAGCAAAGUCACUAUUUUAUAAUAAUUUACCACUAUGCGUGAUUAUGGUAUAAUGUGAAAGACUGAAAUGCGUGUGCUAAGAUGGUAUUAAUCAUGUUGGUGUCAUGUCAAUAAGUUUUUUAAUGCUGCUGUAUUUUUAUUUUUAAAAGCCAAUAUGUACUAAAUUGCUUCCAGGUAAUAUUUGAUUUCCUAAAGUGCACUGAGGUUAUCUGGAAGAUUGAGUGUAUUUUUCAUGACUGCUACAUUCAACACCGAUGAACAAUUACCACUGUAUAUCCAUAGGUUUUUGGCAUUCCUCACAGUUCAUAGCAGAAAUGAAAACAAGAUGCUGGUAUGCAGUAGGGUGACAAAAGUAAAAUUGUCUGGGGGUUCAGCUGCCUAAUUGCUAAACAAAAACUUGAAGAAAAAAAGCUUGAUUUACUAAAUGUCUUCAUAGGUAGCAUUUAUAUUUAUAGCACCAGUAUACAUUUCUCCCCCUUGGGGUGGGGUAGGGUAGAUGAAAGCUUUACUUUAAAAAGAAAAGAAAAAGUAAGUAGUAAAUGGAAAUUAUUUUGAUUAAAAAUAUUUUAUUUGAUCUGGGUAUUUUUGGACCGCAUUAUUAAAUGAAUUAACUACAUUUGAGUUUAAGUGAGGGUGUUAAAGCACCAAUGGACUCACAUUGUGAAUUACCUGCCAGUUGUACUUUAUGGAACUUAUUUUAUGAUUUAAAAUACUGUACUGUAAAUAGGAGGUAUGUUACCUUCUCUUUAUUUGUAUGUUUACCAUAUACUUUGAUAUUUGAAAUGUUAUGUACUGGAAAGGUCACUUAUAUUUCUAGAACAGAUUGGAUUUUAUGCAACCUUUCUUCCUUGAAUUAACAGCAAUAAAAAAGGAAAAAAGCGUC